CUCGAACCCAACUUUGUGUCUGCAUUUCUAAACUAUCCGAAUGCAAUAUUAACACUGGCACUUCUUCCAUCUAGUCUGACAGGAUGACUUUCAGCAAGAACAAUGUCCUCCACAAUAACCACUUCCAUAAGGAUUGGCAGCGCCGUGUCCGUACAUGGUUUAAUCAAGCCGGUCGCAAACACCGCAGACGUCAGGAUCGUCAAACAAAAGCAGCCCGGCUCGGCAUUCGCCCACUCCAGUUACUCCGUCCUGCCAUCCGCCCCUCCACGAUUCGUUACAACAUGAAAAUUCGCGAAGGUCGCGGAUUUACACACGCUGAGCUGAAGGAGGCCGGUGUCAAUUACAGAGAAGCUAGGGGGAUUGGUAUUUGUGUCGAUCGCCGCAGGAGGAACCUCAGCGAGGAAGGCAAAAACCUCAAUGUCGCUCGCUUGAAGGACUACAAGGCGCGAUUGAUUGUCUUCCCCAAGAAUGCCAAAAAGCCGAAGAAGAAUGAAUCAACUGGCGAUGAUCUCAAGGCCGAGACAACUCGCGCUCCUCUUCCCCUCCCUCCUGCUGUUGAGCAUGAAGCUCCUCGCAAGAUUACUGAUGAGGAGCGUGCGUUCAAGGCUGCUAGGACCCUGCGCAUUGAGCAUUCCAAGGCAAAAUAUGCUGGAAAAUUGGCUAUACGCAGACAAAAGAAGGAGGAAGAGGAAGCCAACAAGAGGAAGUAACCGUCCCUCCGCCUUCACUUGCUCGCUAUGUCCAUUCCUUUAUGCACAUGCCAACCCUCUACUCUCCAUUUGUAUAUGGGCAAUUGCAAUGCUGCGAUUAUAUCUACACUCCAAUAUCUACUGCAUUAUUUCUAUCGCCAGUUUUGUCUGUUACCAACACUGUUAAUGCCCCGGAAAUCUUUCAGUCACGUCUUGCCCGAAUCAGUGCCUCGCUGAAGAGGUAUGUAUAGUCACAAAAUCAGGUGUUGCGCAAUCAGAUACCAAAGGAAG